CAAAGCUCCAUACUGCCUCGUUUUUAACGACAACCCCAUCUGCGAAAUUCUCAACUUUCCAAGAGAGCUGCUCGUGUCUCCCAGUUCCUCCUCCGAUAUUCCUCUUACAAAGAUAGACCCGUCAAGAUGAGCUCUCCAUUCUCUAUCAAUGGUGGCGCCUGCGUAGCAAUGGUAGGAAAGGACUGCGUCGCCAUAGCCUGCGAUCUCCGACUUGGCCUCCAAUCCCUCACCGUCUCCAACAACUUCCCCAAGAUCUUCUCCUACGGCGAUGUCUACCUAGGACUCACUGGCCUUGCUACCGACGUCUCGACAGUAUCUGAUCUCUUCCGCUACAAAGUCAACAUGUACCGCCUGCGUGAGGAACGCAACAUCUCCCCUUCAACAAUGGCCAACUUGGUCAGCAGUAGUCUUUAUGAGAAGAGAUUUGGUCCCUAUUUCGUUAGUCCUGUUGUUGCAGGUAUCGAUCAGAAGACAGGAAAGCCAUUCAUCUGCGGGUUCGAUAGUAUUGGGUGCAUCGAUUUUGCGAAGGACUUCAUUGUCAGUGGAACGGCGAGUGAUCAGUUGUUUGGAACAUGCGAAGGACUUUGGGAGCCAGACUUGGCACCAGAGGAUCUUUUCGAGACAAUUUCGCAGGCGUUGCUGAAUGCAGUAGACAGAGAUGCGUUGUCUGGUUGGGGUGCACAUGUCUACAUCAUCGAGAAGGACAAGGUCACCAAACGAUUAUUAAAGGGCAGACAAGAUUAAGGGGACAAAUGGGGCAUGAUUCACGUCGAGAUUGAGCUACUGGUGAUGAGAGAAGGCAUGCUCGUCUUGUGUACACUAGAUAUGGCAUCAGCUCGAUGGCAAAAAAUUACACGAAAUGAUACACAAUCUGCGU